ACAACGGACCCCGCUGCUAAUGUCAAUUUGCUAUCCAAACCAGCAUAGCAUUUUCUCGACCGACCGUAACAAUAACGACCAUUAUCCUUCUUAAAUUUUGCAAUUGCCUCAUACCUUGAUCGUGUACUACGCAAGCAGCCGAGACCCAAGUGAGAAAGAAGCAGACGUGCGCUGGCGACGCGCUGGCGUCCCGCCUUCCUUGUGCCGGGCACCACUGACAUCAACCAAAGAGGUUCAUGAGAAUUUGGGUUGUCGUGUUCAGCCCCGAUUAAGCCACAGCUCUGAACAAAAGGCUCAAGUCCAAGUCAUGGCGCCUAGACACGCCCGUCAUCACCAACCCACCCGCGAGUACCAUAUCGUGGUGAUGGGCGCAGGUGGUGUUGGGAAAAGCUGUCUCACAGCUCAGUUCGUCCAUAACGAGUGGAUUGAGAGUUACGAUCCGACCAUCGAGGAUUCCUACAGGACACAAGUAACGGUUGAUCAACGCCAGGUGGUUUUAGAGAUUAUGGAUACUGCGGGAACAGACCAAUUUGUUGCUAUGCGAGAUCUGUACAUGAAAACGGGGCAAGGGUUUCUGCUGGUUUUCAGCAUCACCUCCGAGUCUUCCCUAAGCGAGAUUGCUGGGCUUCGUGAUGAAAUAAUCCGCAUCAAGGACGAUGACAAUGUCCCCAUGGUCAUAUGUGGCAACAAGGCCGACCUCGAGGAACACCGAAGCGUUUCUAAGCCUCGAGUGUUCGAGAUUUCUCGGAGAUGGGGCGCGCCCUACUAUGAGACAAGCGCACGGACUAAAAGCAAUGUUGAAGAGGUUUUCCUCGAUCUAUGUCGACAAAUGUUGCGGAAAUAUGAAUCUGGUGGCGAUAUGGGCGGCUACCGGAAUGAUGAUUACGAACCAAGUUCACACCAUAGAAGGCGUAGAAGACGCCGAGAACACCACCAUCGGCCAAAGUGCGUGAUAUUGUAGUUGGCAACUUGGUAACAUUUACCACGACUUGCCGAGAUACACAAGAUCAAACUAGGCGUGGAGAGUACGAACUCAAAGCGCGUUUCUACAGUGGACGCCCUGAUUUAAAGAGACGCUAGUAGUUGAAUCGCUUAGAUUCGAACCUAGAAAACCCGAAACUGCAUUGGGUUGCACGGAACCAAGUUCAUAACUUGGUACACUUUGCCGUCAAAGAAGA